AUGGGCAACAAAAUAUCCGCUGUUAGUGGUGUCAAGUCGCCCAACUUCUACGAGCCGGGCAACGCUGUCAACGAGAUCUGGGUCGGCAACCUCGAGAUAAUCUCCCGGCUCCCCUUUGGAGACUCAGACAUGGCCCAGGCAGGCUGGCCGAAAAACGACUACCCCAAAUUCCCGUGGCGGCCGUUUGUUAUACCUCUCUUUGCCAUGUUCACCAACGGCGCUGUCGGCGCAGAGACCGCGGCAGGCGCUGCAGCGCCUUCACACCUAUCCCGACGCUCUACACCACAAGAGCCGAUGACAAAAACGGCGGCGGCGGAGAUGACCAUGCUUUCUAGUUCUAUUGUCUCGGGCACUAUCACUGUGUAUGCCGUGGUUACGAUCCUACUGGCUUGCGCCCCCAAGAUCUUCGACCUUCUCGACACUGUUUACUUCAAAUGUCGGCGCAGUGCCAGAGAUUCGCUGGAAACGAGCGCUGAAUGCCUACACCAGCUCUGUCUUCUGGGAAUAUACAGCAAGCCUUAUCUUAUAUUCAGCUACAUGUUCCAUGCGGGCAUAUUCUCACCUGGGAAACCACAUACCAUGAAUAUGCUCUUUGCACCGGCUGAAACCCUUUCCUACCUAGUCGUGAUCCAGCUGUUGAGUACGAUAUUCGCAGCCGUGACAUGCUAUAGCAACAUUUAUCAAUACUGUAGAGAGUCCCGUCCUAAACAGGCCGACGAGAUGGCACUCUGGCAGGAAAAGAGCUUGGAGAUAGAAGGGAGUCUAGAGGAUGGAAGGGAGAAGUCUCGCCCGGAAGCAUUUGGGCCCUGGGUUUUUAUAGUCAACCUCUGUGCCUUUUUUGAAGCCAUAACCACAGUGCUGCUUCUUAUUAAUUUGUCCAGGAUCGAUUAG